AUGCCGUCCGCCGGUCUCCAGAUCUUCGGGGUCUUCCUGGCCUCCGUGGGCUUCCUGGGCGACAUCAUCACCUGCGCUCUGCCCAUGUGGAAGGUGUCGGCCUUCAUCGGGAACAACAUCGUGACGGCUCAGACCUUCUGGGAAGGACUGUGGAUGAACUGCGUGAAGCAGAGCACCGGGCAGAUGCAGUGUAAGGUCUACGACUCCAUGCUGGCCCUUCCUCGGGACCUGCAGGCCGCCCGGGCCCUGGUGGUCAUCUCCAUCCUGGUGGUGGUGGUGGGGCUGCUGCUGGCCUUCGCUGGAGGGAAGUGCACCAACUGUAUUGAAGAUGGGAUGGCCAAGAGCAGAGUGGCCAUGGUGGCCGGGGUCUUCCUGCUGGUGGGAGGAGUUCUGUGCCUGAUCCCCGUGUCCUGGUCUGCGCACGAGGUCAUCAGGAACUUCUACAACCCCAUCCUUGGUGACGCUCAGAGGAGGGAGCUGGGCGCCUGCUUGUUCAUCGGCUGGGGCUCGGCGGGACUCCUGCUGAUCGGAGGAGCUCUCCUCUGCUGUCAGUGCCGGCAGCACAAGGACGACAGAUACUCCGUCAAGUACUCGGCUCCGCGCUCGGCGCCCAGCGAGAGGGCUUACGUCUGA